AAAAAAAAAAAAAUCUGCAUUUUAUUGCACGAGUUCUUCCUAAAGGUCUCCGCAAUGCAUAAACCGUGUCACCCUCCGUGAGGAUACAUCAUCUGAAUGCGCGGGGGCAACCUGUGGUGAAACUUCCAAGCAAACUCGUAUCGUUUCGGGUGCAUUUGGGGACACGCGGUGCCCAAUGAAUGAGCGGCUGCUCUGACGAUGUUCACCGAGCGCUGCCGGUCGACACGCCCCCAGCAUGGAUACAACCAGCAGGAACCAGGCGCUCAGGAGACACGCUCACUAUGCUGGAGAGUGUUUGAAGCCGCGAUGGGAGUUAACACAUCCAAGUUUCUAGAGUUCCUAUUACCAGCGCCGUUGCACUAAAACAAAGACUCUGGGUUUCUCGUGUUUUUCUCCUCUCUCGCUUUCUCUCUCUCUCUCUCUCUCUCUGAGGGGGCUUGUCUGCAUUUUUUUUUUUUGGUCCGAGGCGUUUCUCUCUCACAGGAUGUUGAUGAUAUUGGAAAGCCGGGUAACAUCCUAAAGUCACUUCUCUCUGAUGAGAACGACCUCCUUCUUCUCCUCACCACUACACAAAGGGAACCACGGAACAAGUACUUUUUGUUUUUCACACGCCAUCAUUUUUUUUCUUUUCUUUUCUUUUUCUUUUUCUUUUUGAAUGUCAUUAAGAAGCAGAGGGGGCUGUUUCAAAGACAAAAUGGAUCACUUUGCAGCAGAGUGCCUUGUUUCUAUGUCCAGUCGUGCAAUUGUUCACGCUCCUAAAGGGAAUAGGGAGAUUAAACCAGAGAUCCCGUCCUCCUCCAAGAACGGGGAGGAAAUGAAAGAGCCCCUGGUGAAAGACAACUCCUCGCUUUUCGUCGUGGCGCGGAUUCUGGCGGAUUUUAACCAGCAGACUCCCAACAAUGUUGCCGAGCAGGCAAAAAUAAAGGAUGAGAGCACGCCGAACCUCAGCAGAGAGGAUGGAAACUCUGCCACACCUACCACCAUCUCCGAUCCUUCGCUCAAACAAAGAGGCAAAAGAUCGAGAGGUCGGACUGAGCAAGAGUCGCCUCAGAAAAAGCACAAAUGCCACUAUUCAGGUUGUGAAAAAGUUUAUGGCAAAUCAUCCCACCUCAAAGCUCAUCUAAGGACACACACAGGAGAACGGCCUUUCCCAUGUACCUGGCCAGACUGCAGUAAGAAGUUCGCCCGCUCCGACGAGCUGGCCCGCCAUUACCGCACCCACACGGGGGAGAAGAAGUUCGGGUGCCCGCUUUGCGACAAGCGCUUCAUGCGUAGCGACCACCUGAUGAAGCACGCCCGGCGCCACUCAGAUUUCCAGCCCGGUAUGCUGAAGAGGCCUCACGGCGGCAGCGGCGGCGGCAGCGCCACACGUCCCAGCUCCCUCAGCGACUACAGCCGCUCGGAUGCCUCCAGCCCCACCCUCAGCCCCACCCUCAGCCCAGCCAACUCGCCUUAAACUGAAACCCAGUCGCACUUUUCCGCCUCCGACCUGCGAGGCCUGUGUUUUUUCGUCAUAACACUUGUGUUGCACAGUUGUCAGCAACCCCCCUUUGCUAUUCCUGCGCUUGCUGUGGUGUACCAUACUGUACAUAACUGCUUAUUGUAGUGCAAUUACUUGUGUGAUCCUAAAAGAAGGUAAUGCCUUUCCCAGAUGGCAAUAUUUACAUUCUGUACCAUAUGUCUGUAUUUUUUUAGCUUCUGAUGAUGGCUAGUUGUCCAAUGUACAUUCGCAGUCAGCUACACAAGGUUUGGAUGAAAAAAAAAAAACCAGACACCCUGACAAGUCUUAUCAAAAAAAUUCUUUUGUUAGCUUUUUUUUCUGUUUUUUUUUUUUGAACAGGUGAGGAGAAGGGGUACACACACACACACCUCAGGAUUGAAGACAGUUGCUAUUUCUGUAAUACCACAGUACUUAACAGUACUCACAUUGACUGCACAAUAUACUCAUCACUUUACUCGGAAAUUCAACGGGGGUUGAAUUUUACGCCCUUCUCAGGGAUGGCCUUGUUAGCUUGAAAGAAUGAACACGCUGAAGAGAAACAUACAGUACAUAUAUAGCAGCCUUACACUCAACACAAUUUGCACUCUUUGUUUUUUUUUUUUCUUUGGUUGUUUUCUGUUAGUUUUCACGUUCAAGGAAACUAGCCCUACGGUCAUACGGUCAAUCGUACAAACAACUCAUGUUCAGUUCUCCCAUGUGUUCAGGGGAUCCAUGUGUAAUGUAAAUGCUGUGUGUUGAGAGAUCGAUUCCCAAACCCCCACCUCGGAAAAGAAAAAAUACAUCUGUUCCUCCAUUGUGAUGUUAAUAUUGAGUUGCCAUUACACUGGGUUAAAUAUAUAUUCCAUUAAACAGCAGCGUGCAGUUUAUACUGCGUAAAUCUGCACUGUGGGAGGAUCAGGAUUAUAUUGGGUGAACCGUUUUUAUAAAUAUACUCAGUUGAAGAAACUUUAGAACCUUUAAAUAGAGACAGUUAAGUUUCAAAGCAGCUGUUCAUACUUUUUCUUUAAAUAAAAGUGCUGUAUCACCAGCCAGUAUUUCACACAAAAUGGACACAAAGGGACUUUAGUUGAAACAAUGUUUAUCCCUCGCAAGCACAUAGGAAAAAGUACCAAAGACAAGAGUGAAAGAAAGCUUUCUACUCGGUCUUGUAAGCCGCCCUUCAUUCAGGCCUGGGGCUUGUGGUUGGCAGUAUCACAGGUAGAGCCAGACAGCCUGCUCACUUCCCUCCUCCUGGCUCUGCCUUUUGUGGCCUCCCUGGAGGAAACAGCUGCAUCCCACAAGAAGCUAUUCACAGCCCGCAGGAGGAGCGUUAACAUGCCAUUCCCAGGGAGUCCUCCCUCACCCAUCUGGCUCUACCUGUCCCGUCAGAGAGCGGUGAGGCCUCUCCGAAGCCUGCCAAAUUGCAUAAGGUUGCCUAACUUGGCGAGAGGGGUGGGGUCAAAUGUAGGCCAGAGUGUUGGGCAGAGCCAGGCUGGUAGGACACAGAGUGAACAAAGCAGCUAUCUGCAAUAGGCAGGCAAGAGAGGGCAGGUCCUGAUAAAAUAGGAGAGGUUUAUCAUGAGCUGAGCAGCACAGAGGAGGAGACACCCAGUCGCAGACACCCCCGUCUCUUCCUCCUCCUCCUCAUCCUCCUCUCCUUCCCCAGCUCCCCCUCCUCCCUCCCAACUGUAGGAACCAUGAGCGGGGGGAAGAAAAAGUCUGUAAUUAGCGGGUUGAUCCAACCUGUAGGAUAAACGUAGAAAGAGAAGUGUACAAACAACAGCACUACCUAGACGAUGUUGGCAGUGUGGGUGGGAUGUGUACCCAACUCCAUCCUAAGCACAGGGAAGAAAAUCUACUCUACUCCUGCCGGAGAGUCAGAUUUCACAACGCCAAGGAAAACGUUGCUCCUAAUUCACACCGAUAAACCAGAGCUCUCAAACAGCUGCUUUCAAACUUCUCUCUUGCAACCAGGGGGUGGGGGUGGGAGGGCUUUUAAACUGUUGUAAAAACAUCUGAACCAAAAUGAACAUAUCAGCAAAAGUGCAGUGCUCACCAGCCUCACGUUGUCCUGCCUGUGAAGCUCAGAUGUCCCCCCCGUGAGAAAGCUGACUUGUGUUUUCUAGACAGACAUGCCUCAAUAAGUCAGGCAAAAGGCACAGUAAACCUUCCAUGGAAACGGGCACCACUAUCAAAACUGCUGCAGCCCCGCCAGUCUGUGUUAUGCCUACGUUUUCUUUUAAUGCUUCAGCACUAUGGUUGGAAAUAGUUUCAUCCAUGUCAAGUGUGGUCCUGUCAGACCCCUUCAGACUGCUGUCAUCGUGAAUUGCAUGUUGCUAGCGUUCGUCUUUCAGACCAAGUCGUCCGCCUCUUGCCCCGCAGUCCCCGUGCUUCACACUAUGUGCAUGUUAACAACUUCGCCCUGAAAGCGCAGAGGGGGUUUCUGAGGCGGUCUGGCAGGUGUAAGUUCAUGAAUGGCAGGCCUUGUCCCUCGUUCUCCACAGCAGCCAUCUCUCUUUAAAGUUGUGAAGAAUCAGCUCUGUCACAUCCUCCAGAAAGAAAACAUCCCUUAUUUAGAUCGAAUGCAGUAGUUUCCUCAAAACACCACAUGUUAGGGGAAAAAAAAAACAAAACAAAACCCAACCCUCUGUAAGAUGAUAAGUAAGUUUCCAGGCUGCAAGAUGACACUUUGAAUGCCACUGAUCAGCAGCUCUCAGUGAGAGAAGCACUGAGAGGGUUUUACUUUUACCAUUUAUGAAAAAAAAACUUUGAUUUUCACAAACAGUUUCUUCAAAUUGCUGUUGAGCAGCUUUUUGUGGUAUCUAUCCAUAGCUUUUUAUUAUUAUUAUUAUAGUCAAUUUUUGACUUGGUUUGUAGUGUAACUUUCUCUUGCAAAAAAAAAAAAAAAAGAUUCUCAGUAGCUCACCCUCAAGCAGGUUUCAUGAAUCACUUCUUAAUCCAUAAUCUGCACAUUUACCUCAGGGUCGACAUCCGCAAAAGCAGAUAUGGGACAGUUUGUGGAUUUUGUUGUAACAUCAGUUUUGCUGCACAGAAAUGUCUGCCAGCCUCACACAGUGUUGUUCCUGGGUGCUUAGUGCUCACUGCUGGUCAGUGUCCGACCACACUGGAAACACAGGAACGCCUCUGUGCGGGCCCAGCUCCUGCCUAUUAUGUCCUCAUAACAUUCAACAGUCCUGCUCUGACGCCUUAGUAAGCACUGGGCGCUCGCUCUGGACGCUGUUUUCAGUGAAACAAAAUGCCCCUUUAAAGACCUUUGACCGUUAGUGUCGGUGGACUUGCUGUACAGUAGGUGACAGGAAGCUCCUACCAUCUGAAAACAAACUGACUGUGACAGUGUAAACAUCCCAGUCUAUCCAUCCAUCCAGACUGCAAUGACAUAUAGGCCUCCACAGGCAGAGUGUCUCAUAACCUUUAUUCUCACUGUACCAAAUCUACUUGAAUAAUUCAACACAAAAGGCCAUUGAACACAGUUUUGUACAUGUCCAUUUUUACUGUACUUGCUUUUGUUGUCAAAUAAUUAUUAACCUCUCUGGAGAAAGGUGUAUAGUCUGUUCUUUUGUUUUAUGUUUUGUUUUUUUGUUUUUUUCCUAGAUUUUCCAUUGUCUUCAGGUCAUUUCAGCAGUUCUUUUGAAUUUAUCAAAGCAUUAAGGUUGACUGUUUUCGUCUGGGCUGUUAAAAAGGCACCAUUUUUGCUUAGAUGACAUUAUUUUAACCCUGUCAACUGGGGCUCACCCCUUUAAUCAGAAACACUUAAUACUCUGUUGAUGUCAGGAUGCAGGUUACUGCGGUUAGCCUGUUAUCCAAAAAGUCCUCAGAAAAUGAAAGGAUUGUUUGGAGAGCGUUUGGGUUGAAACUUCCUGACCUCUAUGUACGUCGAUUUUCAGAUGGAGUGACUUAUUUUCUUUAUUAUUUCGAUUCUUUUUGAAAGUUUUUUCCAUAAGAAUAGAGACCACAGCAUUGUGAGUUAGCAAUGUAGUCAUAAUUUUUAUUAUUGCUUUUUUUGUCUCAUAUAAAAUGUUUAAGUUUGUAUAUUUUUCGAAAAUCAUACCUCUGGAGAUAUUUGACUUAUGUUGUACCUUCAUAUCUGAUUCAAAGCAUCCAUCAUGUAGCUUAUGUUUGCUUGAUGAGUAGCACAAAUAACUGGUGGUUUUAUUUGUCCCUACUUGAAUGAAGAAGGAAAGAAAGAAAGACUUUUUCUGUAAAAAAAAAAACAAAAAACAAAAAACAAAACAAAAACACUGGGCUACAUUUUAUAUAAUCAUCCCAUGUUGUCAGGGUCCUGCACAUCCUUUCAAAAAGUUAUCUUUACGGGAAAAAAAAAAUUUAACCAUAUUUUUUAUUAUUUUAUGAUACAAAAAAUAUUUAAACCAUCCCUUCCCUACUGAGCUCCACAUAUUUGUCUUGGUUUAAAUAUUUACUAUGUUAGGGAUGAUGUCAACUGUAAAUUGGUAUGAAACUCCUUUUCAGCAUUUUUUAAUCCAACUUUAUGAUUGUAAUCCCAGUACGAUUACGAGUUGACAUCUGUCAGAGAAAAUGGACUUUAAACGAUGACAAAAUGUAAAUUACAAGGUUUCUACAAGAUGCUAACGGCGUACCAGUUAAUAUUUUUUCUUCUAAUUGUAAAAAUACAUUAAAGAGAAUUGAUUGUUGCCUAGUAUGUAAAGAACUAACAUUAAUCUUAUUUAAAAAGUUGAUAUUAUUGACAUGGAUAUAUCACUGAUGAGACCAUCUCAGCUGAACUCUUCGUGACUGAUCUCAAUGUAAAAGCAUGAUUGAUGCAAUUGUGUGCCAAAACCAUAAUGGUAACUUCAUCAAGAUGAUACAAAUGUUGAGGAAAAAAGGAAAAAAAAAAAAAGACUGGCUAUUAUCAGACAUUUAACAAACUUGUACAGUUUUAUAAAGUGUGACAUGUUUUUAUGUUAUGUACAGGAUUUAAUGAAGCAACUCUGCAUAUUUGAUAUGCAAGUGUUCUAAGUUAAAUAUUUCUUUUCUGCUUAUUGUAAACAUUUUGAUUGUGUAGCUUUGUUUUCAUUUGGUUUUUGUUAUUUAAUUUUUUCUUCCUUUUUUUUUUUUUUUGCUGUACAAUACUCAAGCAAUGUAUAAUGGCUUAUUACAGGUAUUUUUUGACAGAAACAAUCUUAAUGAUUAUGGGCGCCCAACCAUUCCAAAGGAUUGAAAAUUGCAUUUGCUAUAAAUGUGCUGCUUACAUCGACCCGAUGCAUUUUUGUAGGUUAUGAAUAGAAGUCUGUCUUGACUGUGAGGUUUUACACGUUGUGAGUUGUGCACAAGGUACGUUUCUCAUUGUCAACAUUUCCCAGGUUUAAUCUCUCCUUUCUUCUCUGCAGGCUCUUUGUGUAUAGGCUAAGCCAAUUCGAAUGAACAUCGUACAUGCAAUAUUUUAAAGUUAAGGACAUACAGAACAUGUCUUCCCUCAUGACAAAGGCCAGAGGCUCUUUUUUAAAAGGUGGGGAUAAUGUUUAAGAGACAGCCAUGAAAGGAUAGAGUGGUAUUUGAGCAGUGAGAAGGAGCUUUGAGUUCUCGCAGCCCAUCAGAGGCUCCACAGUUACGAAUUGUUACCAAAGGCUUUGAAGGGAAAGAUGAAUGUUGCAGUAAUUUUGAACCCAACCCAGUCUGGCUCCCUGGGUUCAACUUUACGUGCUCUAAGUGUUGAUCAAUGGAUGUUGUGCUUGAUAUGGACCUUUUUCUACAUCUCAGAUAAACAACCUUUUUUUUUUUACUUUUUAAAAUAACUUGAAUGAACAAAACCCAUUAAAUCAUAUGAGCAAACAAAUUCUGAAUGAGUAAAAGACAAGAAACAAAAGAGACUGAGUGAGUAGGAACAUGCAGCACGGCAGAUUAGCAGACCAUAUCUGUCAGUACCCUUCACUGACCAUGUGGUCUUGCUCGACUGCCAGAACUGACACUGUGCGGAGUUUGCUCUUUACUGUAUAAAAGCGUGCUGACAGAAGUCUUUUACUCAAGCGUUUAUUGCCCCUUAAAGGAUUUGUCUGUUCCAAGUUAUGCAGCACACAGUGCUGUCAGUGACCUCCCUUUGAUUACAAAGGGCCUUUUGGUUCUGUUUCCUGUACCUGUUCGUCCUCAAUGUACCUCCUCAGUGUAAUGUUGCUCUCUUGAUACCUCUGUGUGUUUCUCCUCUGCCCAUCACCAUCAGUUGCCUGUUGUAGUGACUCCAUGGUGCUGCUCUCCCUCUCAGCACCGAUAAAAUCUAAUCUGUAAAUAACUCUCGACUCAGCUAUGGCCAGUACAUUCUUCUAUGACCUCACUCUAACCUUCAGGUGUCAUUUUUUUUUUUCUCUCAGCAAACCAAAAUCACUACAUUCAAAGUAUUACAGUUGUACAGUUCCUUGGAUUCUACACACUUUUAAUGUGCUGGUCUUAGCUGCUCUGCUGUACCUUUUUAUGGCAUUAUUUUUUACAUGUUAGACAAUAUAUUGUGACCAUGUCCUAUGCAAAUAUGAAAAAUAACAGAUUGUUGAAUAAUGUAUGUUGUCAUAACUUGUAUGCAUGAAAUAGUGAAGUUUACAUUUGGAAAUAAAUUCAUAAAAUAAGCAGCUAAAA